UCCUGUUGCUAAGCGGUAUUCGUUGUCACUACACUCACAGUACCGUAGGUUUCAGUAUCGUUAUAUGUUGUUCUGGCCCACUCCAGUGUAGUUCAGUAGUUGUCUUGGUGCUACAAUGACCGAACAGCCAGCCACUGUGCGGAAUAAAGUUGGGAAAUGUCUGCUGCACAACUGGACAGAAGAGAGGCUCGUUGCAGCUCUUGACACAGAGGAGACGAAGACACAGAUCCAGAGACAUGGACACAGGGGGAUUCUCACGAUGGACCAGGAGUCUAAACUGGAGAACGUCACCACGUUUAAAGCAGCUUACGUCCCUCCGAAGAGUCCAGGGGUGAGGCUGCGGGGUGUCAGAGGCGAGCUUUUGGAAAAACAUAUCGCCCAGAUGAUAAGUGAGCAGAUUCAUGCUGAGCGGACACCACCGACUCCCAAAACUGAAUUCUGCUCCACAACUCAGACAGAUUUCUGUGUGGAGGGAUUUGUGCCUCUCACCCCUGAAACAACACAAGUUCAUGAUUAUAAGACUGACCAGGCCGUCACAUUUUGGAGUGAAAAUUACCAGCAGAUACAGGGUGUGACCGCCGUACAGACCCUGAAAGCACCUUUCAGGAAGUCAGCCCUGUUCAGCACCCCCAUCAGUGAGCGGCUGGAUGAAAUCGAUCUCCCACCUGAUAACUGAGACAAAACAAGCUACACGGACGUCCUCCUCGCGCCUUCAUUCCAACCCGUAUGGGCGCUGACAGAAGCAGCACUGAAAAAAAAAGACAUCUUUCUGCAGCCAGCAUGAAACUUCAAAAACGGAGUUCAUAAUUUCAACAGUGUACUUUUCUUCUUUGAGCACAGUGAGUGACAGCCGCCCUCACACCAAAACCAGGGAGUCAGUCGCUCCUGUUUCACGGCUUCGGAGAUGUUAGCCUACCCUUUGGCCUAUAUAAUUUCCCCUGCUGCACUCUGGGCAGGGAGGGGAGGGGGGGACAGAACCACCAAGGGGGGAGGAGGAGGAGAGCGAGAGAGAGAGAGAGAAGACAAACUGGAAGACAAGUGGUUAAGUUUCCACUGGCAGGGCUUGUCUCUUCCCCCAUCUGGUUGGCUUUUUCACGAGCUGAGGUUUGACAGCCGAUCAGGCCCCCGGGGCGUCUGAGAAGCUGCCAGCUCAGACAGCAGCCUCUCUCCCAUGUGUGCCUGCCGACUGACCGAGAGGCUGCAGAGGCAUCCGAGAAGCCCAAACUGCUCUCUUCCUCCAAUGGGCUGCGACUCGCACGAGAAAAAAAAAGGACCAAAAAAUACAGAGCUGAGAAAGAGAGAAUUUGAAUAAAGAGAGCUGGGGAUGUUAAAAGUAAAGAAAUGGCCAAAAGUCCUCCCCACGAGCAUCCAUCUUGUUCAUGAGCGCCCGUGUAAUUUCCGAGUUAUGGGUUUCCCAGUGCCACACUGUGUUUCCAUCACCAAACCACAUAAAUUGUGUGGAUUUUUCUCUCCCUCAGCUUACUUAUCGCUCCCUCGUAAAUAUUUCCCAGCCAAAGGGAGCUUUUCAUCAACAUCCGCUGUUGAUGAUGUUGAAGAGACAGUUUAAGGACUCUUUUACAAGCAACAUCCUGCAGUGGCACUGGCUGAACAUGCUAAUGGGGAGCCAGGUGCCACUUCCUGCUAACAAAAACCAGAAAAUUGAAAAUAAAACUUUUACUGUCCUACUAAUUCAGGAUUCUGUGCCAAUGUGUGAGAUAGUUCCACUUUUAAGGAACUCAUUUUGUAAAACAGGUGGAGUGAUUGAACCUUGUAUGAAGGUCUUUCCCCUGCAGCGGUAAAAAGUAUAAUAAUUAUUUCAAUUCAUUGUUUUCAUUCUAGUGAGUGAGUGAACUGAAUACAACUUGUUGAGAUGGAGGUUUUUGUUUUUUUUUGUUUUUGUUUUUUUUUUUUUACAAUUCAUCCCCAAGGUCUCUCUGUGCAUGGCUCUCUUCACACUGAGGCCGCUGAAAGCACUCAGAAACAACAGCACAAGCCAACGGUUUCUCAGAUGGAUUUCAUGGCCAAACGCAAGAAUUUUGGAUUCUUUUUCUGAAGAAAAGACUAAACGUGAAAGUAUGUGUAGAACAGAGGCUAUAUCACUACACCCAAAAUAUAAAAGUUUUGGACAGGACAAAGUAUUUUACAAUUUGUAAUAAAACACAACAAAUCAAAGUAAAACUAUAAUAUAUUUUGUCCUAGAGGGGAGAUCAUGAGGUUCGACUUCAGUGGUCACAUCUCAUCAACUUUUAAAGGUCCAGUGUGUUUAAGAGGAUCUAAUAUUCAUAGGUAUGUUUGUUAUGAGUGUGUAAUCACCUGAAAAAAGGGUAUAGUUGUGUUUUUGUUACAUUAAACUGAGACCUGUAUAUCUAUAGAGGGAGCAGAUCCUCUUUUGUCGACAAAUCAAACACUGGCUCUAGACAGGGCUUUUUUGCACUCUUCCCUAGUCUCGCAGCCUUUAGCUGCUAAAUGCUCCACUAUGUUCACCAGUUAGUCACUCACAUUGUCUGCUUGCAGAGCUGGAAGGCUAGUGUAUAGUUGGUUUUUAGAGCUUUUUCACUGAAGACGACUGCCUGUUGUGGCAGGAAACAAUGCUAAUGGGAGCCAUAAGACCAAAACAAUGAACUGAAAGAUGCUGAAAUACUUUGUAGGGUGAUCUUUCUUUUGGAUCCUUUAAUAUGAGCAACAUCUUUCACAUACAAGUCAUGUGACCCGUUGUUUAUUUGAUUAUUGUGGCUUUAAGUAUGCAAAUGUAUUAGCAGUCUGCCCAUUAGAUUUUGAUGUCUCUUUAGUACUAGUGGAAAAUGUGGACAUCCAAGUGGUAAGUGGUAAAACCAGAUAAAAUGACAAAAAAUAGUCAAUUAUAGUUCAGUUUAAAAGAAAGAAGCACUGUGGAUUGUGGACGGUAGUUUAGGUCCCAAGACAGCAAACGUAUGGUCAUUCAACUGCAAGAAGAACUUCUUCUGCUGAUGUUAGAGUGCACCAUUGUACAGUAGUAGCCAAUCCAUUUAAUUCCUCAUGAGCAAUUCUGAACUGUAUUCCCAAAUUACUGUAAUUGGAAGCCAGUGAAGGGAUACUACAAUUAGGGUAGUGUUUCCUCUUCUCCUAGUUCCAAUUAAAAACCUUGCAGCUGCAGUUUGGACCUAUUGCAGAUGAUUUAGUGAGAAGGAUUCUCACUAAGUGCUAAUUAUACUGGACAAAUCAUUAGCCUAAGGACAGAGUCUUCUUAGAGACAGAUUCUAAUACCCCCUGACAUAUUUGUGAUUUUUGGCAAGUUCAUUAACACAAAAUAAUUAACUCAACACUUCAAAAGGAUAUUUUAAUGAACACUUACAUGUUUGAGUUCCAGUAAAACCUGUCUGGUCAGCUCUAUCCUCUUCUUGUUGACAUGCUUAAUGGCCACCAGGUUCCCCUGUGUGCACAACAAGAGACAGAGCAAUGAAUCCAGUCUGAGAGACAACACAGUUCGGUUUAUACACGGCUUGAGGGCAUAACAGACUACAAUGAGGAGGAUGCACAUUGGUCUACAUGUAAACAGUGGUAGAAUGUAAAUAAAGUACUUUUACUCAAGUGCUGUACUUAAGUACAACUUUUAGGUACUUGUACUUUACUUGUUUUAUACAGUUUUAUACUUCUAUUCCACUACAUCCUAGAGGCAAAUAUUUUACUUUUUACUCUUUUACUCCACUAUAUUUGUCUGACAGCUUUAGUUACAAGUAACAAUCAGAUUACAAUUUUUCAUACACUUGUCCAGUGAAAACCAUGUAUCUCCAAAUGUUUUGAUUUUGAAUGUUAGUGAUAAACUGAAGGAUGAAGUGUUCCUUUAUACACAAUUCCCCUACUUCUUAAUCCAAAUAAACUGUUUAAAAACUCUCUUGGAUUAGCUGGAAAAUGCAUUGCUGUAGAUUAGCUCCAACCUGAACACGCACAGCAGUAAAAUGCACCAUACACAUUAAUGCAUCAGUAAAACAACAUAUAUAUCAGUAAAACACUGACAGGAACCAUCUUAAUGUACAAUGACUACUUUUACCUUCCAUACUUUAAGUGCAUUUUGCUGAUAAUACUCACAUACUUCAAAGGCCUUUACUUGUAGUGGAGUAUUUUCACAGUGUGGUGUUAGGGUUAGGGUACUUUUACUUAAGUAAAUUAUCUGAAUAUUUCUUCAACCAUGGUAUGUAAAUAAGGCAGAAAAUAGAGAGAGGAAAUCAAACAGCAUUCAGAGGGGAGAGCAGCAUCUUGCAGUAUAGCCUACAGGUACUUUGGGCCUAUUUCAGUGUGCUGCUGCAGAAGAAGAAUCGUAUCUGUCGCUUUGAUAUGUGAGGAUCAGUAAACGAAGGAAGUGAGGUGAAUAUCUCAGAGCCACAGACGUGACAGGCUGGAGAAAAAAAACACCGUUCAUGUGUGAGUCCAUGUGGGAGCUUUAACUUUUAUUCGCAGUAGAAUAUACAGUUAGGAGCUGAUGGUGGCGUGUGUUUGAAAGCAGAUACUUUUGGCUUCUGAUCAUUUCAGAGGUUAUUUUCCAGUACUUGCAGGUUGUUUUCUUUUUGCACGUCUCUCUGUUUCAGCUUUGGUGUCGGAUUCAAUCACCCCCAGCCCAUAUUGAAUUUGAGAAGUGUAUCAGUACCUCCAGUAAUCCAUGAGACGUUCAAGCUGUACCGUGACAUCAGCAUUUAUAUAAAACCUACACCAUACAGCUAAAAACAAAACACAGCUAUCUCAUUAUUCAGAGGGCUCUUUUUGUAACAUUCCCUCAAUCCUCCUCCAUCUUAAACGGCUAAAUUAACCACAGCAACAAGUUGAUGGCCAUGUCCAGACUGCGAGGCGGGAGUGUAGAAACAAAGAAAGGGGGGGAAAAAGGAAGAAGAUGAAAAUUGACGCAUUCUGCAGCUCACAUUAAAACCAACUACCUAAAUUCGCCCACACUCUCUUUCUCUCUCCUCUCCGGCUCUCCGGCUUUCUCUGCGAGUGUGCACAUGUGUGGGUGGGAAAGGAGUGCGCAGGAGUUGAAAAUGUCAGAACUCACUAAGCCUUACCUUAAAAUAGCCGGUUUUUGCAAAUAGCUGAUAUUUUCCAUGGGCAGUUAUCAAGGAGCCAUAGCUGGAGCCUCUCUGAGAAGGUGGAAAGGAGUAGUGAGAAGAAGAAGAAGAAAAAAAAAAGAAAAAAGUCAGUUGGCAGUGUGUAGAUUAGAGCAAAGAGGAUUAAAUGUUGGUCAUUUAAGACUGUGCUUUCACUUUACUGCAACACAGCUUCCUAAAAGGGGUUCAUCCGCUGACAUUCUUAUCCAAAAUACCUCUCUCUGUGCAACAUGAAAUUGCCUUUCUCGUAUAUUUGAGAAAAUAAAGCACCAACUCGAGUCCUUGGGCAAAUGUCUGCAGUGCACACAGAGUGAAUAAAAAUCAAGUGGGCGCGCAGCAUACAGACAGCCAGCACAGUCAACUAUGCAUUUGUAUAGAAUGCAAAUACUGGCAACACACGGCACACUGGAAAAUACAUCGGUCUGGAAAAUUACUGUGUUUUCCACACACACAUUAUCCCAGCAAUUGGACCGAAAACCAGUAAUGAAAAAGGUGUGCGCAUGUGCUUUUCAUGAACGCUUGCACAUGUGGGACGAAACACAAACCCGAGGGAGAUGCAUUAGCUCUCAGACAACAGAACUUGAUACCUGAAGAACGGGAUGAGGUAUUAUAUGUGUAGGGACCGGGGCCAGACAAGGGCUUAUUUUAACAAUCAUUUAAUAUGCGUCUGCCACCGCAAACCCGGCCACCUUCAAUAAACCACUAGGAGAGCUUUCAGGAAUGUGUAAACUAACAAAGGAUUUGGACUCUCUCAGGGCUGCAGAUUUGCUUUUUCUUUCCCCAAACUGCAUUUUAAUACACAGCACACAGUCUGUAAACAGGGUGAAGCUCUAAACUUCAAACGUGUCAAAUUAGCAUUAUCGAUUCCUGGUGGGUCCAAUUUUACAGCAGCGACAUCUCGAGGCUGAUAAUCAGUCUUGUGUGAAUGAGAGCUGUGUGGAACAGACAUGGCAACGUAACCCGCCGGAUGAACAACAACUUGUUAAUCACACAUUGGAGACUGUGCCGGCAGCGCUGACUGAGUAAAAGGCGAUAUAAAGCUCAAGACUAUGAAGAAAUGUUCAGGGCUGCCAGCUUUAAUAUGAAAUCAUGUGGGUGUAACAUUUAGUUUGAAGCCAUGAAGCGCUUUGUCACCUCACCUGCACAUUUUUAUUAUUUUUUCCUACAUAAAUCUGUACUUACAACAGCACCAUUUGAGAAGAUCAUCUACCUGUGAGAGGGUGAGCCGACUGCCGGCCCGUUUGUGGUAUUUAUUGGGGCUCUCGAACUGGAGGUCCUCCCACCGAAUCCUCCACAGCAUUCCAGCAAGCUCCUUCUCCAGCUUCAGUUUCCUGAAAAGAAGGAAAAAACCAGGUGGUGAACUCAACAAGGACAGCAGCACGGAGAAUAGAUGAAGUGGACUGGGUUGGGGUUGUGGCGUGGGAGUGGGCUGAUGUUUUUACCACAAAAUUGUGACUUUGUGGGUUUGAAUCUGAACUCUGGGUAUGAGGGGGCGUCUAUCUAAUUUCACUGUUUCAUACAAACUAAAUAAAUGAAUAUAAAGCCUUCAGAGGCGAGGUGGUCUGUUGACUCUAUGACAUAUAAAACAACAUGGAUUUAUUUUGGCAAGUCACCUUAAAAAAAGAGUUAACUGCUUCAUUUGUGUAGUUAUGUUUGAUCUCCAUUGGCCCUGGUGGUAUAUCCUGAGAUAGCGGUCUCAGACCUGACUGCAGAAUGCCUCGCGUCCAGCUUUUGCAUAGCAAUGUUGAUUGUACGUGUGUUGAUGCAUGCAAGUGCUUGUGUGUUUGCGUUUUAUUAGAUUUUAACUUCACUGGUCCAUAUGCUCUACUUAUUUAACUUUGGCAAAGUGGAAAAUUACUUUUUAAGGUGGAUUUUUUUUAAAAGUCCUCCUGUACAAAGGGCUCUUUCUUUCAAACACAUGCUGAAACAUGCAACAACAUUACACAGUAAAGACACAUACUGGAAUUUAGUGAAACAGAUUUUAAAUCAGUAACUAAAAAGCCAACAUCAACAUUACUUUCUGACCCUUUUAAACAGCCUUAUAUGUGACUAGAAAUGACGAGUAGAUUGAGUGUCGUGCUGAGAAUGCGCUAAACUUAUCAAAUUACGGCUCUUCUAUCUUCCUGUGUGGACUGGACUUGAGUUCAAACUCUACAGAAAGCCUAAUUUCUUCUGCUUUAACUAAAGGUACACAAUGGAGACUGAUGACUCACAGGUCUUUUCUUCUGUGAAAAACAAUGAUAACCACGAUGAAGAUUAGAAUCCACUUCAAUUCUUACUCCCACGCUCUUUAUUUUUAACAAACUCACUGAGAGUGGACUCAGAUGUUCUAGCCUUAUCUUAGUACUAACACUGGUACAAAAAUAACCAUAAAAACAAUGGUUCCUUAAAACUAAAAUAAUGAAUGUAAGUGAACCAGUAAGUACGUGUUGGUGAUUAAAUAGUUAAUGUCUUAAAUGUCUUAUGGUCGUCAUUGAAUUUUAAUCAUUGUUUCAUUUCAGAUAAAAUGGUCAUUAUCAGGUGUGUGUCUGUGUCUGUCUGAAGAGUGUUUGUAUUCUGAGGGCUGCACACAUGAUUUAGUGUUUUGCAGCUUUGUAUGCAACUUUUGUGUUUAAAGAUAAAAAUCUGCCUCGUCUGGCUCUGUGUAUUAAGAGUUUUGCAGAUUGAAAUCCUGCUGUGAAAACUGAGCCAAAGCAACUGUAAUACAAUGUAACAAACAGUAAAGAUACAUGUUUAACAACUGUUUAUGAACAAAAUGUAUGUUUUUAUACUAAUAAAUGUUAUGUUAUUUUAAA